AUGGGCGUAACAAACCCAGUCCAGUCCCCCCACCAAGCAGGAGCAGACACUCCGGCCGAAGAUGUUGAAAAACAGAUCGAGAGCGACAUCACAUCAUCCGAAGACGACAUUCUACAGCCAGAAAUGACAUGGGACGACCCUCGCGAGAAAAGAAAUCCCAGGAACUGGAGCACUGCAAUGAAGAUUCUACACACGGCAAUCCCAUGCUUCCUCGCCUUCGAAAUCACCUUCGCGACGUCGAUUACAGUCCCAGCAACGACGCAGAUAAUGCAAGAAUUUUCCAUUUCCCGCACACGAUCAGUCCUGCCCUUGACUCUCUAUACCCUCGGCCUCGCUGUCGGACCCCUCUUCAUUGCCCCGUUCUCCGAGGUCUUCGGUCGCAAACCCAUCUACGCCAUCUCCUGCACCUGCCUACUCGCUUUCCUCGGUGGUUCCUCAGCCACGACGACGUUCUCUGGGCUACUUGCAUGUCGUUUCCUUGCAGGAACGCUAGGAUCGGCUGGUAUCGCCGUUGGCGCGGGAACCAUUGCUGAUGUCUGGGAGCUGGGAAAAGGCGCGGGAGCGUCAUUGCUAUACAUCCUCGGCCCGUUUCUGGGGCCUACACUGGGACCUUUGGCUGGGGCAUACGUUUUGGAAGACAGGAAUGGUGAUUGGCGGUGGACGCAGUACGUCCUCCUCCUUGUUGGCGCUCCGAUCUGGAUGGGUAUUGUUUUGAUGAAAGAGACAUCAAAGUUGUGGAUUCUGCGGAAGGAAAACGGGGAACCAACAAUAACCCUCACCCGCCUCGGAGGCCUCGUCAGAACAGCCGUCAUGAGACCGACAAAGAUGCUUUGCACAGAGAUCAUCGUCUCGUCCCUAGCCCUGUACACGGCCUUCGCAUACGCCAUGAUCUUUAGCUACUUCGCCAGCUGCUCGUACGUCCUACAGCUGUACUACGGAUUUAACCUCCGCCAAGUCGGGUUAAGUUUCAUCAGCGUCAUUAUCGGGUACAUAUUGGCCACCUUCGUGUACGGGUUUCUUGACACCAGGUUCCGGAUUCCUGCCGUGCUAGCCGGUACUGAUACGCCGGAGCAGCGACUUUAUGCUGCUCUGGUAGGAAGCGUUAUGCUCCCCGUGGGCUUGUUCUGGUAUGCGUGGGAAGCACGCGAAGGAGGCAACUGGGCUGCCCUCGUCGCAGCUGGCAUUCCAUUCGGCCUUGGCGCCUUUUCGCUCUUCGUAGGUCUACAUCUCAUCCUCGAACAGAAAUAA